AAGAAGUCGACUCGCUCCCCGACCGCCAGUUUCACCAUGUACAGAAGCAAGCAAGGCGUUCCAAUGGUGGAUGCAACUCCCGAAUACAUGGCAACGCAUGCAGAGCGCAUUCAGCGUUGGCGCGACGUCCUCCAGUCUGACCCCCGUCGGGGAGUCCGCACGCUCACCAUCCGCGGGAUGUCUUCCGAGUCCAUCGAGGGAGACACCGCGCUCGACACGCCGUAUGUCAUCGCUAGGCUCGGGGAGAUCGUGAAGGAGAAAGAGUCGCGCGAUGUCUGGGUCAAACUCGUCGACGCGGGCGUCGUCAACGCACUCUGUAAAUGCGCUCUCAACUUUCAAGCGGUGGUCAUGCAUAACCCGAAUCAUAACCCUGGGCACAAGCCGACCAGUGAAGAAAUUGAGCGUGCGAGCAAGCCGCCCUAUUCUCCGUACCAAGCACCCCUUGAGAUCGUUUGCAUGGGCAUUGCGUUUGCACCGCAGCCUAUUUCUUCUACCGAAAAGAAAAUCAUAGCAGACCUUCGACUUCACUGGAAUGCUCUCAUGACACGGAUUUGGUCGGAGCCAGCCAGAAGUCUUGACAAGUCGCCGAGGGCGAUCAUAGAGCGGGUGCUCGUCGCCCAGCUCGUGAUGACGUGCACAUCUUUUGACGCGUCUUUCCUGGAAAUGCUCCUGAAGCCUGGCGACAUGACUCUCGCGGUGAUCAUGCGUAACUGGAUGCACUCGACGACGAAGUCCGACCACACAGCCAACACGAUCAUCCUGACUGCCUUCUUAGGAGGGCCUUUGCUUAAGCCGUGGGCGGGAUACAUCGCCGAGCAUCCAUUCCCCGCGCCCCGCCUAGUGUUCGCGCGUAUUCUCGUCGGGGCAAGCAGGGGGGCAGAAGGCACCAAGAAACGCACGCCCGUACAGGCCGCCGACGCUAUCAUCUCCGCUUUCACGACGCACUUCGAGACGCUCGAGUUCGCAGAGCUGGAAGCCGAGGUCAAGUUCUUCCUCAAGCUGUGCGUGGUCUGUGCGGAGGAGCAUCGCCCCUUCGUGCGCGCGUUCCUCAAAUCGAGCAAGUUCUGGGCGGCGGUCGCUUCCGUCCUCCGUCGCUCAAAGCAGGCACCGCAGGAGAGCCAACAACGCAUGCUUGCCUUCCUGUUUCUGCAGUUGUACGUCAACGGCUCCGAUACGAUGGAAAAGGAGGGCCGGGAAUACGUCGACACGACCAUUUACAACUGGAUUUCUGGCGGCCUGCUAGGCGCGCUGGACGACAUCGUAGACCUGCUCACAUGGCCGCGGAACGCCAUGAUCCUCACGAACAUCGUGUCCGUGAUCAUGACGCACAUCGAGGUCGCGACGCUCAGCACGAAGACGCUCGCAGCCCUGCGCGCCGAGCUCCCGCGUCCGCGCAUCGUAAAGCGCAUGAUCGUCGCCGGGUCUACCGUGACGGGCGACCGCGAGUCGGAGGCGCGGAGCCGCGAGACGAUGCGCGGCAUGAAGCAGAUGCUUGGCGGCGGGCGCCCGGACGAGAACAACGGGGCGUGGCUGCAGGGUGUUUGGCAGCUGCUCCAGUCCAUCACAUUCGCCGUGCAGGACACGGGCGCAUGCACGCGUCGCGGCUGUGAUCGGCGCGCGGGUAAAGGGGCGGGCACUACUUGCGAGAUGUGCAAGGUCACCGUGAACACGUCGUACUGCUCGAAAGUUUGCAUGCAGAAGGAUGCAGAGGAACACGGGCAGAUAUGUGGAUGGGUUCAUGUCCUAGAGAGCUGCCGCAGAGAAAGCCCAGCGGUAAUUCGUGAGCCCAGUGGGUCGGUCGUGGCGGCGCCCGACAUCGCG